UUCGGACUCUGCAACCUCCACGUGGUGCCGCCUGGGAACCUAUCUUUGAUCAAGGUAGAGCCAGUGCAGAGACGUGGCAAUGUGUGUGUGCAAGUGCUGGUGAGCGCUACGCACAACGUUUUGCAGGGGUGGAAGUGUAGGAACGGACUUGGAGUGAGGGAUUUUUGGGGUUGGACAAAAUUUCUACACACGCGCUACCAUCUGCCGAAACACCAGUAAACCCGGCGCGACGACGAAACCAGAGACAGAACACGAACUACAACAACGAAGCUGCCCAUUUUCGAUCGAACCAGGCAAAAACCACCCGAUACCGCUUUCCAGGGCAUGAUUAGAGCACCGUGGCACCUCCUAGAUCCAGUGAACACCUCCAGACAGAUCGAUAACGACGUUGGUUCGUCGUGGGACAAACAGGAGCUACGCUGGCUAAAUUGCCUUCCAGUUAGCCCAGGGCAAGACAUGGCCGGCCUAUCAAAACCAGCUGCAAGGCUGAAAACACGGUCGGAGAUGGCGGCAGGCAAACCGUGUCUGACCCGGAGAGUCGUGCCCGGACAACCAGUGGGCUGUAAUAGACAGAUGCGAGCAGCAGGCUUUUCUGAUCCUUCUCUCGCUGAAAGGCCCGAGUCACAAUACAAGAUUCCAUUCUGGUCCCGUAAAACCAGCCAAGCUGUUUUGCAGAUGAUUGAUGUUCAAUGUAUGAUGUGUGAGCGUGCUUCUAUCGGUUGGGGGCCUUUAAAGCCGACAACAUGA